GAAUUUUGGUGACACCAAUAUAUUUCUGUAACCCUUGUUUCUCUCUUCUCUCGCUCAAUUUCGUUUUUCUCCUCUUCAUCUCAGCGACAUGGCCCGAGGUUCCUCUCAGUCUCAGUCCUCCACUUCAGCAACCGCGCGACCGGGAGGAGGAGGAGGAGGCAUGGCUGCUCCCCGCGGUUCCGCCGCCGCCACCGCCGGCAUGCGCCGCCGUCGUCUGGGCGGAGGGAACAGCAGCGCCAGCGUGGGCGGCGGCAACAUGCUGAGGUUCUACACGGACGACGCGCCGGGACUGAAGAUUUCGCCGACGGUGGUGCUGGUGAUGAGCCUCUGCUUCAUCGCCUUCGUCACCGCCCUCCACGUGUUCGGAAAACUCUACCGCUCCAAAUCCGGCGUUUGAUUUUAAGAUCCUCUUGGAUUUGUAGUUUUUAAUUCCGUAAUUUUAGUUAACACUUGCUGUGUGGAAUUAUCUUCUCUCACUCUGGAUUUGGUUUGCCCUUAAUCAUGUGUAUUAAUCAGCUACGUUUGGUUAAUUAAACUUAUCAAAGAGUAAAAGCUCCACUUUCAUGUUUUC